AUGGCCACCUUCCCAGACCACUGCCUCCCUCCAGAGGGCAUUUUCGAGACCCGUAAAGCCUUAUUCGAAUCAAUCAACGCAUACGCAAAGCCUCGAGGCUAUGCUUUUACAACCCAGAGGUCAAUACGCGGGCCUGGUGGCUUCUUGAGACUCUUCUUUGCAUGCGAUCGUAGUCGCCGACUACCUUUGUCGCCAGAGCGAGAUCGCCAGAGGAAGACGACUGCCCCUCUCAGGCGGUACAUUCACAGCUACCAAUGCUCUCAGAAGCUAGCCUUGCGCCAAAGGAUAUCCAGACAGUCGUCCGGCAAAGUGGUUAUUUUGCAACACGCCAAGACAUCUACAACCGUAUCGCCCAUGUCCGCCGGGAAUCUCGUCAAGGCCAGAGUCCAAUCCAUGCGCUUGCAAAUCAGCUCGAGGAAGAGGGCUUUUGGAGCCGUGUGCAGUACGGGCCAGAUAGACAGGUAA